UUACAUGUGUGUGUAGGAGAAGAACCAAAAUAUCAUCUGACACAGAAUUUUUUUGAGUGAUUUUUCUACUCUGAAAAGCUUGAAGAAAAAUAAUGCUCACUUAGAGACUUAAAAAUCAGAGAUCUCUGUGUAUGUGUGUUUUUGUAGGGUGCUUUGAAUGAGAGUCACAGAGAGACGCAGUCGAAGAUGUUGGUUCAACUGCACGAGGAGUUUAACAGCAAACAGAGAAUGCUGGACGAACUGAAGGAGUUUAAUGAGAGUUUGGUGCUGGAGCAGAAAAGGCUUCAGUGUGAAUAUGAAACCCUGAGGAUGCGUGUGCAGGAGAAAGAAAUCAACCUACAGAAACUAAUUGUGUCUAAUGAGAAGACCGAGCACACCAGUGCUGAGCUGAGAGACUUUGAAGAGGCACUGGCCCAACAGCUCCGGUCUUUACAUAGUUUGCGGACAAUGUUUGUGCAGAACCUGACCACACAUGUUGAAAAGAGCACUGCACCGGACUGUGAAGAUGAAGAAAGCCGCGUGCUACAUAAACAUAAGGUCUCUUUCCUGGAGAACAACCUAGAACAGCUCAGCAAAGUCCAUAAACAGGUAAACACACAAGUCUUAACAAGCAGACACAUGAUCUCAGAGUCUGUUGUACAGUUGUUUAUACACAUGACUAUUUCAUAA